AUGAAAGGGUUGCAAGUGCAAUGUCUUUACUUUCUUGUGUUAAAUGCAGUAUUUUAUGUGUGUACUUUGGAUCAGGACCACUUUGUUCAUACCCUUGGUGAGUACAUAAUCCAUUAAACUACUAUUGAGAAUGACUAUUUUGCGUUUUAUGGUCUGAUUAGAAAACAUUGCAUUUGUGCCGCUAAAUGACACAUUCUCUGAAGAAUCGAACUGUUCAGAUGAUUAUAAAUGUAGAUGACAGCCUUUAGAUACUGUAAUUUUAUAUGAUGAGGCUAUAUCAAAUUUCGGGAGUUUGUGAUGACGUAGACUAAAUUGUUAGUAUAGGAUAUGACCUCAAUUAUAAGACUGAACAGCCAUUCAUACACUAUUUGAGUAACGUUACUAUAAUUAGGGAUUGAAAAAAUCCCUAAUGUUGAUGCAUAUUGGACAUGAGAGUAGACAAAAUAUACUGAACAAAAAUAUAAAUGAAACAUGUAAAGUGUUGGUCCCAUUUUUCAUGAGCUGAAAUAAAAGAUCCCAGAAAUGUUCCAUACACACAUUAUUUCUCUCAAAUGUUGUGCACAAAUGUGUUUAAAUCCCUGUUAGUGAGCAUUUCUCCUUUGCCAAGAUAAUCCAUCCACCUGACAGGUGUGGCAUAUCAAGAAGCUGAUUAAACAGCAUGAUCGUUACACAGGUGCACCUAGUCCUGGGGACAAAAGGCCACACUAAAAUAUGCAGUUUUGUCACACAACACAAUUCCAUAGAUGUCUCAAGUUUUGAGGGAGUGUGCAAUUGGCAUGCUGACUGCAGGAAUGCCCACCAGAGCUGUUGCCAGAGUUGAAUGUUCAUUUCUCUACCAUAAGCCGCCUCCAACAUCAUUUUAGAGAAUUUGGCAGUACGCCCAACCGGCCUCACAACCGCAGACCACGUGUAACCACGCCAGCCCAGGACCUCCACAUCCGGCUUCUUCACCUGCGGGAUCGUCUGAGACCAGCCACCCUGACAGCUGAUGAGUGUUUCUGUCUGUAAUAAAGCCAUUUUGUGGGGCUGGGUCUGGCUCCCCAGUGGGUGGGCCUAUGCCCACCCAUGGCUGCGAACCUGCCAGUCAUGUGAAAUCCAUAGAUUAGGUUCUAAUGAAUGUAUUUCAAUUGACUGAUUUCCUUAUAUGAACUGUAACUCAGUGAAAUUGUUGCAUGGUGCGUUUAUAUUUUUGUUCAGUAUAGAUAAGCUACAGAAACUCAAAAGUUUUAUACAAAACUUGAUGUAGGUCUUCUGCAAUGGUGAAGUAAGACAUGGAUGUAGUCAGAUUGCAUAUGAAUACAGAAAGGCUAUGGUCUAUUUAUUAUUCAAAAUAUAAUGUAUUUGUGUCUGCUUUAACCUUCAUGGAAUGCAACCUCCAUUCAUUGCAGUGCAGUAGCCUAGUGCUUAACUAUAGCCUUGGCCAAGGAGUCUGCUGAUCCACUGUGAACACAGCUACUUUUAUACCCUGUGGGAUUUGUCAGAGCUAGAGGAACAAAGCUGGGAAAAGCUGUGGUUUCUAUGGGGUCUGUCUGACUGACUGAACCCUAGUAGCCCCCCUGGUACUGAGGGGCCUGUGCAGUCAGGCAUCCCCACCACCACCAGUGUAAUUAAAGAUUAGAAAUAGCAGCAAGGAUCAAAACAUCUUACAAUCCAUAGGCCUACAGCUACUUUCUAUUGUCUUGAAUUCUACCUGUCUGGUUUAUGGUCCAAUUAAUAUUCAAAUAUUUCUAAAGCCUAUGUGUUGUGUUCACAUUCCUCUCUAAGAUAAUUUAAUGGACAACUUCAAGGACUUGUUUCAAAACAACGAUGCCACCCCUCAUGCCUACACCAAAUUCUCCCUCCGGAAGCCUUUGAUGCCGGAAGAUGACAUCUGCUACAUCAUCCCCGGCAACCCAGAGUCUCUCAAAGAAUGGACUUUCAACAGCACCUCUAAAACUUUCCUGGUGAUCCACGGCUGGACGGUAAGCCCCUCCAACCUGUAGCAGCAUGUCUGUGACAUUAAGUCCUUCACAACUAUUGCUCAAGGGCUUGGAUUCCCCGUCAAUAACAAACCAUUUGUGCUUUCUCACUGCCACAACAGGUGUUCGGCUUGUUUGAGAGCUGGGUGGCCAAACUGGUGUCAGCACUGUAUGAGAGAGAGCUGGAUGCCAAUGUGAUCGUGGUGGACUGGCUGUACACAGCCCAGAACCACUAUCCUGUAACCGCCCAGAACACCAAGAUGGUGGGACGAGAUAUUGCUCACUUCAUUGACUGGCUGGAGGUUUGUACGAUGACUCAACAUCGAAGUCACUGCACUGUUUUUCAGAGAAAGUAUAAAUAACAUGUUAUAAACAAAGAUUUACUGUAUAUUGUUUCUAUUAGGGAUGUGACAAAUGGAAAAAAUUAUUAAUGUUUAAACUGCCAUUUUUAUCAGUUUUCCAAUUAAAACGAUUCCAUUGUAAUUCACAAUGCAGAAUAAUGGUCCUAUUAAGUAUGUAUGACCGCUAGGGCCGGGCAAUUAAGUUAUAUCUACGGCGACCCUUUACAGACAUAGAACACCGUACAGGAACAUGUCGAUAAUGUAACUUUUCAGACAAUUUAAAAAAGUGCCGCAUCAGAAGACUUCAGACAGUAUAAUUCUGCUCCGGCACAUAAUGUUCUGUUGUUUCCCUGACAACAAUAAACGUUGCUGAUGCGCUGCUGUGUUUAUGCUGUUUUGAUGGUAGGGUAGCUAGAUGUUCUUUCUUUCUACUAAAUAUAAGUUGCGAUAUUUAAUGAACUUUAAAGUACUUUCUUUUAGGAAAGAGUGGUCUGCGUACAGGCGGCAGGCUAGGAUUGACAGUUCUGGUCGCCUAGGGAUGGAAGUUAGUCCCGCUUCAGAAGUUGCAUUACUUUACAACAGUAGUGGUGCAUGGGUAAAAUCACUGGGACAACCUAUGUGUUGUGAUAAUUGCGUUGUUUGCUCCAUAAUCUGUUAGUUCAUAUGCCUUGACACCGUGAUAUAUAGGCCUAAGGCCGAGACAAUAAGAAGACACAGUGGCAGAAUAAAUUCAACCACACAUCUGUUUCAUUCCAAACCAGAGAACAACAUCCACAAAACAUAUUCCAUGUAACAAACAGUUACAUGACCUACAGCAUGGUCAAGCAAGGUAAUGUUUCCAACAUUUUUGGACUGUUAAACAACUAUUAAUUUAGAACCACGGAGAGUUACCGCAAGUCGCAAAGAAAACAGGAGCUGCCUCCACUAAUCCAGGACCAUUUCAACAUCAUCUAGUCACCUAUGCUUAGUCUAAUAUAGUGACAACUAAAAGAUACCAAAAACGAUUUAGUCCAAUCAACAUAAGCUAAAUAUGAGGCUGUCCAUGGUACUGAUGUGUUUGUGCGUGCAAGUAGAAAAAAACAUGUUGACUCACCCUACUUCUAUAGAAACGCCAAUGCCAUCCUCUUUCAUGUUGUCUAAACGGUCUAUGACUCAUACAGUACAUACAGUACAUACUUUUCGUUUUUGUUGUCCUAGGCUACCUGGCUAAAAUGCUUGCUCGCUAGCCUAAUUUCCUUCCAUGGGCAACAAUACGCCAGGCCAGCUAGUUAACAUUAGCAUACUACAACUUCCAUCCUCUCAGGCCAGGGGCACAAUGUAUGAAUUUAUGGUUGGAUCACAAUCACCGUAAUAAUCAUUGGCCAGUAUGGAGAACUAAGUAAAACCAAAGUCCAAAUCCCUAUCUCAUCCAUCGCUAAUUUAGGAAAGGGACGAUUUUAGCUAGCCACCGGAGAACAACAACACAACGAGAUGCAACAAUUCAAGUUAUUUACUGUCAAUAAUAACGUUUGGCCUGUGACGUGAUUGGUCUGAAGCCAAAUCCAAACUUGCUUCCCUUGACACUUUUUUUGGUGCGCCAGGAUCAUUCACAGCUGAGCUCACUUAGUUUAGCUCAAUGCUGAUUGGCUAUUAUUUUAUUUAUUUUUUAUAAAUGCUUGCUGGCUUCUCUUGCAUUCAAUGCUACGGAUGGCAACAAUGUCAUUCUCUUUCUGACCAGACAACAUCAGAUUGUCUCAGUAUGUGUAGCCUGAGGGGCGCUGUUUACAUACAUGAAUACACGCCACCAAUGUUCCCUCUAAACUGCGCACACGCAGUCGCCCCGAGUGCAGGCAGAAAUAUCUGCCCACAGAGAGAAGCACGGGAUUGAACUUCACUCUACUUUCUAGAGCAGUGGUUACCAACCAGUCGAUCGCCUUGUGUUCCUAUUUUUUUUGUAUUCUUCUCGGGUUGUUAGCGGUAGGUGCAUCGGAUUCAGCUGCCCUGCUCGCCGGUAGGUGAACUGUUGCCAUUUUGAACCAUUUCAUGUCUCUGAAGGUGCAAACUCUGCCUUCCUGGUGGGCCUAGAGAGCAAAUCAAAUGCACUAUAGGCCUACCGCUGGCCAGUCGGAUGGCUCAGAUGACCGUGUCUGCAGUAACGUAGCAGGCAUAAAAGAAAGUGUAUCUAUAGGCUUGCAUUGUUAUUAUUAGCGGCUUGGGUAUUUUUUUUAUAUCAAGGAAUAUUUCACUUUUUCUGUUCAUAGGUGUAACAACAUGAAUUUGUGCAUGAGGCAGAAAUAAUGCGGUGCGACUUGAGUUUCACCAUCAGCUGGAAGGUCCGAGUCAGUGGAGGAAAGGGAGAGUGGAGGGAUGUUGAGAGGCCGACCCUCAGUCUGCUGCUCUCUCCCUUCGCUGAGACUGACCAUCAGAUGCAGGCACCAUCAGCCCAGAAAAAUAAGAAGCUAAUUAUUUAAAUGUAUGCUCACUCAGCUGUGCUUCACAAGUAAUACAACAACGGAUCUAUUUUUGGUAUUUGGUAUUUUAUUAGGAUCCCCAUUAGCUGUUGUAAAAUCAGCAGCUACUCCUCCUGGGGUCCACAUGGAACAUGACAUAAUACAGAAUAUUAAUAGACAAGAACAGCUCAAGGACAGAAUUACAUCAAUUUAAUUUCAUUUUGACUGAAAGUGAUCUUGACUCAGAAAAGGUUGGUGACCACUGUUCUAGAGUUUUCCCUGUUAACACUAUCAACGUUUCCCUUUACUGUGGCAAUUGUGAUCGAAUGAUCAAUGCAAUAUUAGCCACUUUCAAUGCAACUUACCGAAACAAAACAAACUAUGCAAGAGAUUGUUGUAGGCAGAACGCAUCGGAGUACGAUUCUAUUGCAUUGACACGCACUACUCAGCCCGUACUUUACACAGACCGGUGUGGCAUAACCAAUCAGAGCUGCAGUAGGCCUAUAUGCAAAUAGACCAUUGCCAUACAUGGAUCUGUGCCAUUUUACUUUUAACUGGACUGUGUUUACAGCAUGAGCAGUCGUGAGUAAAUGCGCUUGUUUUGAGAUCAAAGUGAAAGCUGCAUGUAGCCACCUGUGCACAUUUUGUUCAUAUCCUUUGCUAGUUAGUGAGUUACUAUCCCAGUUAUAGAUCGUUUGUAGUCAGCAAUAGGAGAGAGAUUGCUUCCUACAAGAGUACUCCUGAGUGGUGCAGUGGUCUAAGGCACUGCAUCGCAGUGCUAACUGUGCCACUAGAGAUCCUGGUUCGUAUCCAGGCUCUGUCGCAGCCGGCCGCGACCGGGAGACUCAUGGGCGGCGCACAAUUGGCCCAGCGUCGUCCAGGGUAGGGGAGGGAAUGGCCGGCAGGGAUGUAGCUCAGUUGACAGAGCAUGGCGUUUGCAAUGCCAGGGUUGUGGGUUCGAUUCCCACGGGGGGCCAGUAUAAAAAUGUAUAUAUAUAUAUAUAUAUGUAUUCACUAACUGUAAGUCGCUCUGGAUAAGAGCGUCUGCUAAAUGACGUAAAUGUAAGAGCACAAAACGUGUACAUUUCUAGACAUCUUUUAAAAGUGAGUCAGGUAAAUAGCUUUUUUUUGUCUUAAAGGGGCAGUGUUGUAUUUUGAGACAGGCUUGAAUAAGCUAAGUAGCCAAUAGGCAGAGGGUAGCUUAAUUUGUAUGAUUCUCUGUAAUAAUGGUAUGGGAAUAAUAAUGCAUUUUAUUUUGUAAAGUGGUUUCUUGCAUCAAAUAACACAACAUUUUCAAUCACCUUGUCUGAAGGACAAGUGGAUAAACAGGUUAAUGUCAAGCCCUUUUUUUUUUUUUUUAAGUCUCAUGGAACGAAGGCAUACAUUGAACACCACACAUUGGCUGCUACUGUAGGCUGUUAAAAUGAUUCAUUUUCUCCAUUGUUUUUGAUGGUAGGACACUCUGGUAGGCCUACAUUAUGAUGAAACAGCCACAGUAGCCUACAUGGCCACUGUUAAAACGGUAACUUCAAGUGGGUACAGCCUCAGUGUUCACAGUAAACGUGCGCUGGAAGUUGCACAGAAUUUUCACAAUGUUCAACUUUGCGCUCAGCAGACCAGAAAUUUGCUCAGUGGCAAACAUUUUUUGGAGAGAACAUUGCACGGCACUGCUUUGCAGACAAGCAAAAUGCCUUUCAUGUCUCCAGAGAAGGUUUUGUGUCGGCGUUUUAAAAAGCCGUAGUUUGGCCUACCCUAACAUAAACAAACGUGCCGUAGCCGAGGCGCUUUCAAGGGGCCACACACCAUUAUAUCUGAAAAGGGUAAUCGAUACAGGCUAUACUGGUAACCCACUGUAAUUUCAUAUUAUGAGACAAAAACACCCCACCCACUUAGCAACGAAGAGGAGCUUACCCCGUGCUCACAAGACUGGCCCGAAGUUACCUCUGUAUCCCAGCAACAUCGGCCCCAUGAAUAACCUAAGCCUGGAUAUUCUACAUGCAACAGACCGAAGACUGAACACACACUCUUGUCAUUAGCAAAGAGAGAGAGCAGGCAGGCCAGCGCGAGGGAGAGAGAGGGGGGCAGGUAGAACCGCAAUGUCUUAAUUGUCUUGCAUGCCUCGCAAAUUCACCUAAGUUUGCUGGUUUUAUUUAAAUUACGCAACUUUCCCCCAGGCCUUUAUAGCCAUACAGACUAGUUAGGCUACAACACGGAAAAUUAUGUUUUGUGAUAACUGCACUGUGAUUUAGGGAUUUUUCUUAACGUUAAGGAUCCCAACUUCGUUUUAACGUUUCAUGUUCACACCCCUAGUUUCUAUGGCAAUGAACUUGACACUUUACUCCAAUGUUUUUUGUAGGAGGCAACCAACAUACCUCUUGAAAACCUCCACCUCAUUGGCUACAGUCUAGGUGCUCAUGUGGCAGGAUUCCCCCCGUGGGAAUCGAAUGCACAACCCUGGCAUUGCAAACGCCAUGCUCUACCAACUGAGCUACAUCCCUGCCGGCCAUUCCCUCCCCUACCCUGGACCAAUUGUGCGCCGCCCCAUGGGUCUCCCGGUCGCGGCCGGCUACAACAGAGCCUGGAUUCGAACCAGGAUCUCUAGUGGCACAGCUAGCACUGUGAUGCAGUGCCUUAGACCACUGCGCCACUCGGGAGUCCACUGAGUGUACAAAACAUUAAGGACACCUUCCCAAUAUUGAUUUGCAGCCCCCCUUUUGCCCUCAGAACAGCCUCAAUUCGUUGGGGUAGGGACUCUACAAGGUGUUGAAAGCGUUCCACAGGGACGCUGGCCCAUGUUGACUCCAAUGCUUCCCACAGUUGUGUCAAGUUUGUUGGAUGUCCUUUGGGUGGUGGACCAUUCUUGAUACACACGGGAAACUGUUGAGCGUGAGACCCAGCAGCGUUGCAGUUCUUGACACAAACCGGUGUGCCUGGCACCCACUACCAUACCCCGUUCAAAGACACUUAAAUAUUUUAUCUUGCCCAUUCACCCUCUGAAUGGCAUACAUACACAAUCCAUGUCUCAAGGCUUAAAAAUCAUUCUUUAACCUGUCCCCUCCCCUUCAUCUACACUGAUUUUAAGUGGAUUUAACAAGUGACAUCAAUAAGGGAUCAUAGCUUUCACCUGGAUUCACCUUGUCAGUUUAUGUCAUGGAAAGAGCAGGUGUCCUUAAUGUUUUGUAUACUCAGUGUAUAUAACAACAUUCACAAUCACUUUCCACACAAUGACUCUGUUGACAAUUUGGGUACUGAUCUAUCAUUGGCUAAGGCAGACAUGUAAUUGUCCAUUUGUAACUUAUUCGAAGAUGGCAGGGCUUGUCAACAAUAGGGUGGUGACUUCAGUACAACAAUAUGACAGCAGUUGCAGUAACUCUGCAGCUAGUCGCUUAUCUGUCUUUACGACUAACAUUGUAGCUGUCAGCCUGACAAAAGCCCAUUCAUAGCUGUUAUAAACAGAGGCCCCCAAACAUCACGGCUAGAGAGAAUCCCUUCAGAAGGUCACCAGAAACAUCACUCUUAUUGUAGGGCCCAGAUAAAGGUUGAUAUUACUAUCUAUAAUGGUAAUGUUAGGGAAGGGAACUUUUUCCUUCAAUUGAGAAUCUCAACUCUGGUUUUUGAAUGUGGACCAGUAAUGCAACUAUCCCCUUUAUGUUCACAGCCAUCACCGACGUUCCCAGAUGUUCCCAUGAGCGUUCCAUCCACCUGUUCAUCGACUCCCUGGUCAACGAGCAGGAGGCCAGCAUGGCAUACCACUGCGGGAGCAACGACAUGUUCGACCGCGGAAUGUGCCUCAGCUGCCGAAAGAACCACUGUAACACCGUGGGCUACAACAUCAGAAAGAUCCGCAAGACACGCAGCAUCAAGAUGUACACCAAGACCAGGGCCUCCAUGCCGUUCAGAGUCUAUCAUUACCAGCUGAAGAUCCACUUCUCCAGUAAGGUGGACAGGUCUGAGAUGGAGCCUUCACUGACAGUCUCUCUGAUUGGAACCAAAGGAGAUGUUGAAGACCUCAAGCUGACACUGUGAGUACCUGCUCCAACAGGCAGUUAAACCCUAAACCAUACAACAAAGCACAUGCAAUAUCAACAUAAGACACCUGACACCGUUUAUGAUAACAUAAGUCUUUAUGGUCUACAGUUCAAGUUCUCAUGCUACUGUAUUCUAAUCAUAGAAUACAGUAGCACGAGAACUUGAACUAUAGACCAUAAAGACUUCUCAGAGUUAAAUGAGUUGUUCUUGUGAAGUGAGUUGACAUUAAUCUGUUGAGCAUCUAUGCUCUUUCUCAUUGGCAGAAAGGAGAAGAUAAUGACCAAUAAGACCCAUUCCUUCCUGUUGGUAGCGGAGAAAGACAUAGGCCACCUACUGAUGGUAAAGUUCAAGUGGGAGGAGUCUACUAGUUGGUCUGCCUCGUCCAUGCUCAAAAUGGUGUCGUCUUGGUGGUCAGAUGAUUAUGCGGAUUCUGAAGUGGAGGUUCACAAAAUACGCAUCAGAGUUGGGGAGACUCAGAAAAAGUGA